GUACUGUGAUUAUUUUGAUAUUUCCUACGAAACAUAAAAUGGAAACACUAGGGUGGAAUCUUGUGCAGUCUGAUCUUCAUUUCAAGUCUCCAAGGUCGAAACGGGGUUCACAGGGUUCUUCUACCUCUUGUUCGUCUUACUUCGAAUCUGGAAUAACCCCAUUGUCCCACAGUGGAAUCUGGAUCCAGGAAAACACUCGCUUUCUGCUCCAACACCGUGUCCGUGUUGGCGAAUCAAAACGAGCAGUCCUUAGUGUCUUUCCUGCCUCCCAAUUCUGAGUUCCACCAGAAGCAGUAGAAGUAAGCUGUAAGGCUAAGAACAAGCUACAUACAAGCCAGAAGCUCUGCCUGGACCCGCUCUCUCGUCACCCGGAUCUGUCGACAACGUCCACGACGACUACGACGACCCGGACCGCUCAGCAGCUCGGAAAUCGUCUCAGCUGAGAGAACUUUUUCAAGGCUAACGUUCCAAAAACUGGGUGACCCGUCACGGGAGAGGUUUGCCUGGAAGAUAGUAGAGAAGAAGCCAGCCCCGCCGAAGCCUUAGACAAAGGAGACCGAGAAGUUGGACUGGGGGCUGACGAACCUCGUCAGCCAGUUCCUUUUUAUCUCCUUGUGAAGCAGUUGGGUGCGAAGUUGUGCUAGCAUUGGUUGGUUCAACUGAAGCUGGAUAAGAUCACUGUUCUGACGAACCAGAAAUUACUCAGUGGUCCCAUCAAAAGUGCUAAGAGUGUUGGGAGAACCUCAUUUUCGUCGAUAUCGACCCCAUCCCUUGUUUAAGUGAGGCUUUAGGAUCCUUAGAAUCCAGACGGUCGCCAACCUCUCAGUCAUCAUGGACCAGGAAUCGAAUCAGAUGGAACAGCAGUCUGUGCAAUGUCGCAACGGAUGCGGCUUCUACGGAAAUGCGGGCAGUGAAGGUUAUUGCUCUGUGUGCUACAAAGAGGUGAUUAAGAAGAAGCAGCAACCACCAACGAAUAUGCCUUCAUCAUUGGCACCCACACAUGGCACGAUGGCCUCUCUUUCCAUUGACGAAGCCUGUUCCAUAAGCCCAACCGCCUCUAGUCCAUUGAAAUCCACUUCCCUCAACACGGCUUCCCCCACAGUUCUGAUACCGCCCUCUCAAAUGGAAAAGAUCAAGAUCCACUUGUUUAACAAUGAUCAAUCCUUCUUACAGAGGGAGUCAGAGACCGACAUGAGCGGCUCUUCAGCCUUGUUGGGCGGUUCCCCUCUCCCCUCUGAUAUCAACGCUGUCGCGGCUUCACCCAGCUCCUCCUCCCCUUCAGAAGACGCCGAUAGUGGGGCCAAGGAUGGUAAAAAGAAGAAGAAUCGUUGUGGAUGUUGUAAAAAGAAAGUGGGUCUAACAGGAUUCACUUGUCGUUGUGGAGGACUGUUCUGCUCAAUACACCGAUACAGUGAUAAGCACGAUUGUCCUUUCGACUACAAGGAGCUGGGUGCUGAGGAAAUCAGAAAGAGCAAUCCUAUGGUGGUAGCCAAGAAGAUCCAAAAGAUCUAGGGACAAUUUUAGAAUACUAAACACAAAACCUACGAGCAAUGUUGUGUGGCAAGAAGAAAAAAAACAAGAAAAUAGUAGAAGAAUCGUCAGUGACCGGAUAUCUCGAACACGAAUGGAUGCCCAACAAAGUAACCGUUAGAGAAGAAAAUCUUCAACAACAAUGACCCCAACCAUCCCUCGGCAGCACCUUUGUUUUUUCAUAAUGAUGAAAAUUUGUCAUUUUUUUGCGACUGCUUUCACCAUGUGUGUUUGACAAACUUUCAGAAAUAGAAAAAGACUCGCGUUGUGGCUCUAUUAACUCUCAACAUUCACGUUGUUGCCCGUUAAUUUGGAUGGCGGAUCAAAUUCCCAUCGAAAGACCUGCCAGCUCGCUGAUCCAUGGCCAAGGAAAACGGGUCGUCGAGAAAUCUAGGUCUGUCUUCAAAAUCAAUGCCAACAUAACUGUCUCAACAUCCGCAAUCCCCCGCAACAAUUACGAAAACGAUCCCUUGAACGGAGGGUUCCCCAAUUGAGAGACUUUGUGAUCAGUGUUUAUCCCCGCGGGUUCAGAUAUCGUUCGUUGCCGUGUCGCCGCCAGUUUCCUCCGCUUCCAAACCAUCUCGUUUGUCUGCUGCAAUCAAAGUUCAUUCUCAUUCGUAACCCUGAAAUCAACCAUACCGUCCUUCCGUCAAUGACUAUCUGGAGCAAUCCUGCCUUAUCCGAAGGAGUUGGAGUUCAGCUGCUUGGAAACGUGUUCCAUAUCUUGUGCGUGUGUGUAUAGAUCGAAGAGGCAACGGAAAUGGACAACCAUCGGUCUGGAGAACGAACUGGAAGUCGAACGGCACGAUUAACCCAUCUCGACUUGCUCGAAUAGUGUUGAGUUUUCGUUCACUUUGUGUGUGUGUAAAUAUAGCAUAUACCUUAUGAUA